AACCUUGGUGACGCAGGGAAACAAGUUACUCAGUAACGCUUUGAUUUUUCAAGAAAUUGAUUAAUAUUAUUAGUAGAAUAUAUAGAUAUAUAUAUAUUUAAAAAAAAAACCCGCUUCGUGACACCGUAAACUCAGUUUGUGAGAGAUCAUCAAGUUUUGACAUGCGCUUUGACUACCUCGUAUCUUCAUGUCAAGUUGCUUUGACGUUAGCUUAGCUUAGCUAGCUACAAGUAGCGUCAACUCUUUUACUACUUUACACACUAUUUAUUUAUUAUUUUUUUUGGUCAGUUACCUGUCUGUACGAACCGCUCCGAAGCCAUGACGGGUAGAGAAGAGGAAUAUGACUAUCUUUUCAAAGUGGUGCUAAUCGGAGACUCCGGAGUCGGGAAGAGCAACCUGCUGUCCCGCUUCACGCGGAACGAGUUCAACCUGGAGAGCAAGAGCACCAUCGGUGUGGAGUUCGCCACUCGCAGCAUUCACGUAGAGGGCAAGACGAUCAAAGCCCAGAUCUGGGACACCGCAGGCCAGGAGCGGUACCGUGCCAUCACCUCAGCGUACUACCGCGGCGCAGUCGGCGCUCUUCUGGUGUACGACAUCGCCAAGCACUUGACGUAUGAAAACGCCGAGCGCUGGCUGAAAGAGCUGCAGGACCACGCCGACAGCAACAUCGUCAUCAUGCUGGUGGGCAACAAGAGCGACCUGCGCCACCUACGGGCCGUGCCUACGGACGAGGCCAAGGCUUUCUCAGAGAAACACGGGCUUUCCUUCCUCGAGACUUCUGCUUUGGACUCCUCUAACGUAGAGCUCGCCUUCCAGACCAUUCUCACAGCAAUCUACCGCAUCGUGUCUCAGAGGCAAAUUUCGGGGCGCGGCGACAGCGACUUCUCCCCCAACUCUAAAGUCGUGCCCAUCACGGUGCAGCCCACACAGAGCUCGGCCAAGCAAGGCGCCUGCUGCCAGAACAACUAAGCAGCCGCCGUAGCACAAUGGGAUUAUGGGUAAAAACCGACAUAAGGCUGACCAAGGGGGGUUGCAAAGUUUGUUUGUCAAGCACAUUAAGACCACCCCCCAUCUCUUCCCCCCCCCCUUAAUAACACAUGCAGUAGGCUUUAUCGGCUAAGCCCUAAUUCAACAAGUUAAGCUUUAUCAUAGGGACCAAAGUGAAAAGAAAGAAUUGUUUUGUUUUGUUUUUCUCCACAGACUGAUUUAAUGUCUUUUUUUUUUUUAUUAUUUUUUACGCUAAUUAGAAACGGCACUAGGUGACUAUUUAUGUCUUUGCACGUAUUGCUGAAGUAACGAUUCAUAUCACCGGCUAGUGCUUCGAACGUGCUCAAGCCUGUGCAGAUGGAAAGAGGGCGCUACAAUGAAAUGAUGUCUAUUUUAACCACUACACACUGUUUAGGUCUAGUUUUUAUCAAACGGUCUCCUGGAGGAAGCGAACUCCUGUUUUGUUUUGUUUUUUCUCAGUGGAUCCUUGGGGGAACAAAAAUCGACUUAAUCUCUGUGUCUGCUGCGUCUGCCUGUGUUGUUGAUUUGUACGAUGACUCAAGUAGAGAAAAAAAAAGAACCCCUCUAUUUAUUUGAUGUAUUGAAAUAUCUGAGAUGACACUGUUGAGCUCACAUCCUGAUAGCCUGUGGAUUUUUUUUUAUUAUUUUUUUUUUUAGCACGUGUUUUAUUUAGAUGGUGUUUGUUGGUCUGUUUGAUAUUUAAGGGUUGAUUUAACUGUAUUUUCUCCAGGGUUGAGUAAAGCGUAACAUGAAUUAAUCAAGUGUCUGGUUUUUUUUGUUUGUUUGUUUGUUUGUUUUUUUAAGAAAAAUUGUGGGGGGGAAAGUUUUCCUGCUGUUUCCUUUUGGGUGAUUUUUUAAAAAAAAAAAGUUUGUUUGAGUGGAUCCGCUUUGCUUUAGAGGUAUUUCUAGGUGCCGUUUUAUCAGUGAGUCAUUUAACCUGGACUAAGACGGAGGCAUGAAACAGGAAGGCAGAGGCAGGCUCAUCCCUUUACAUGGACGGAUUAUGUUGCAGGACUGAGCAACAGUGGCACGCUGAGCUGCUCACUGAGGAGUUUCUGGUGUACUGGAAGGGGCUUGUCUUACUGUAAGUGAAGUCCUCAUUGCCCAUCCCUAUAACAUACUGCAUGUAACCCGAAGAAAGCCAUACCCUCCGGGAUCUCUGUUAAUUGUGUCCCAUCUCUCACGCUAUUUCUCUGUUCACCGUCCUUUUCUCCCUGGUUGGAGUCAUGGUGAAAUGGAGGUCAUGGUAGGUCAGAUUUAUCCCUUUUUCAAGGUAAGGUAGAGCUCUGGUGAAGGUCGUUUUGUCUGUAGUUCUAGUGCAGUUUUCAGUUUACGUCGAUUAGGAAGAGUCUUUUAAUUACAUUACGGGUUUGUGAAGAGCCUGUGAUGUUUAGCGGUCAUCGCUGACUUUAACCCCGUUCUCGAAGGUUUUUAGAUUUGAUGCGUCGAGGUGUUCUAUGCAUUUUUAGAAAUCCUCCAGAACCAGCAGUACUUUUCACCAAGGAAAAGGUAAAAUGUUCCGAGAUUAAACACUGCAUUAUUGCACCAAAAACAAAUUGGAAAUGCUAAAUUAAACGAUCGUCUAGUAACCAGGGGAAAACACGGAUCUCUCCUUGGGAGCUUCCAUCUUGUUCUGGUUUCGUAAAGUGAACCCAAAAGUGAAAUUAAAAAGUGGCGUCUUUUUUGUUGUUGGUUUUUUUUUCCUCUUUUUUUUUUCCCCCUCUCUAACAUUUGUGGCAUUCAUAUAUGAAGGGAUGAAAUGUAAGAAGGAAACUUUAUGUUGCUUAAUAAAUGUGUAUAUUUGGAUAUAAUAUAAAUAUAUUGUGUUUGCUUUUAGCCGCUUGUCUCCUCGGUCUAACGCCGGUGUCGGAUCAGAGAUUCCAGCAGAUUUCAUCAAGAUUAUUAAAUUGAUUUUUAUUAGAAACAUUUACAAUACAUGUUUGGAAAGUAACAAAAUAACAAAAACUAGUAUGGUAUACAUACAUUGGUCAAAUAUAAAAACAAACAAACAAAAAUUAACUCACAGAGAACCUUUGCUAAGAAAUAAACCUGCAAAAUUGUAUGCCUCGUGUGGGCACCGUAUGAACGACCAAAGGUUUUGAAAAAAGAAGAAAAUCAACAAGGUCUUUGAAGUAUUGGCUA